GGAAUAUCCAAAAAAUAACAUAAUAUCCCCUUUUCUUCUCUAGCUGUUUAGGAAAGAGGGAUAACAACACAACGCAAUACAAUCAGAAUCAGAAAUUCAUUGAUUUCCUUAUCAGCCGAAGUACCCUCCCUCAAUUACAAUGUGAAGCACCUCUCUCCCCUCUUAAAUACUCUGAUUCGGUUUCCACAAUACCUCCCUGAAAAAACCACUGCAUAAUAACGCAUUGCCUUAUUUAUAUAUAUUAACAUAUAUUGCUACAUAAAUUGAAAAACCGUCCUCACCAAUUGCAAUUCCAGUUGGUGGUUUACGACUUUUGCGAGUUUUUGAGAUUUUGACCCAUCAAACCCCACGUAACCGCUGUGCAGAUCUGAGGCCAAAUUUAGCAUCUUUCGGUACUCCAAAAUUCAAAUGCUCCAUUGGUUAUUUCCAAUUUUCGAUUUUUUGAGAUUCUGAGCGAGAAGACAUGGAGCACGUGGGGUUUUCGAAAGCGGCGAUAGCCGAUCAUGGCCGCGGCAAGAAAACGGGUCCGGUUUCGAUGGAUCACGUGCUUCUUGCUCUGCGCGAGACCAAGGAUGAGAGGGAUCUUCGAAUUCGGAGUCUCUUCAAUUUCUUCGAUGCUGCGAAUAAUGGGUACUUGGACUAUGCUCACAUUGAGGCCGGUUUGUCUGCACUGCAGAUUCCCCCUGAGUAUAAGUAUGCAAAGGAGCUUUUCAAGGUGUGUGAUGCUGAUAGGGAUGGAAGGAUCGAUUACCGCGACUUUAGGCGUUACAUGGAUGACAAGGAGUUGGAGCUUUACCGCAUAUUUCAGGCUAUUGAUGUGGAGCACAAUGGCUGCAUUCUCCCUGAAGAGCUUUGGGAUGCUCUUGUCAAGGCUGGGAUUGAAAUUGACGAGGAAGAGCUUGCUCGCUUUGUGGAGCAUGUUGACAAGGAUAAUAAUGGAAUUAUCACUUUUGAAGAGUGGAGAGAUUUUCUUCUACUUUAUCCUCAUGAAGCGACUAUUGAAAACAUAUAUCAUCAUUGGGAGAGGGUGUGCCUUGUUGACAUUGGAGAACAAGCUGUUAUUCCCGAAGGCAUCAGCAAGCAUGUGCACAGGAGCAGAUAUUUUAUUGCAGGGGGGAUAGCAGGAGCUGCUUCUCGUACAGCAACUGCUCCUCUUGAUCGUCUAAAGGUGCUCUUACAAGUUCAGACUGGACGAGCUUCUAUUAUGCCGGCAGUGAUGAAGAUAUGGCGACAAGAUGGUUUAUUAGGGUUUUUCCGAGGUAAUGGAUUGAAUGUUGUGAAGGUAGCUCCAGAGAGUGCCAUCAAGUUUUAUGCUUAUGAAAUGCUGAAAAAUGUAAUUGGAGAUGCUCAAGAUGGCAAGUCAGAUAUUGGUACUGCAGGAAGACUUUUUGCAGGUGGUAUGGCUGGUGCAGUUGCACAGAUGGCUAUCUAUCCAAUGGAUCUUGUCAAAACUAGGUUACAGACUUGUGCUUCUGAUGGUGGAAGGGUUCCUAAGCUUGGCACACUUACAAAGGAUAUAUGGGUCCAUGAGGGACCUCGGGCUUUCUACAGAGGGCUUGUUCCAUCUCUUCUUGGUAUGAUUCCUUAUGCAGGGAUUGAUCUCACUGCAUAUGACACCUUGAAAGAUCUAUCCAAGAGAUAUAUUCUUUAUGACAGUGAUCCUGGUCCUCUAGUACAACUCGGAUGUGGGACUGUUUCAGGUGCUCUUGGAGCUACAUGUGUCUAUCCGCUGCAGGUUAUUCGUACAAGACUGCAGGCACAACCUGCCAACAGUACUAGUGCUUACAAGGGAAUGUCUGAUGUUUUCUGGAAAACUCUUAAGGAUGAAGGUUUUAGAGGUUUCUACAAGGGACUCAUUCCUAAUCUCCUCAAAGUUGUGCCAGCUGCAAGCAUUACUUAUAUGGUUUAUGAAAGUAUGAAGAAGAGUCUAGAUCUUGAAUAGAGUGUCAUAGAGAUUACUAGCUAAGUUCAAAUAUUAUAAAGUCUUGAAUUGUUGAUGGUGAUGAAAAAAGAACAGAGAUUACUAGUCCUGUAGGAACUAUUACAAAAUAGUCAUUCUUCUGAGGAUAUCUUAAAACACGAUUUUGUAGUCAGAAAGUUUUUCCCCAUGCUUAUCUGAACUAAAAUGUUGAGAAAUUAGGUUGUAUUCUAGAUAUACCAAGGUAAUAGGUGUUAUCCUUUUCAAUCUGUACUUUUCCCACUAUUUCCUAUAGUCAAAAGUGAAGACACAUAAUUGUGUUUCUCCUCUAUGUUCAUGUCACUAGAAAUACCAUUUACUUAGAAAUUGACGUAUGGAUUUGUGUGAAUAAAAUUGAUGGAUGGAAUGAUGGCAAAAUGAAUUAUUAUCAGUUCUCCAGUGAAGAAGAUUCGGUUGUUCAAAUUUCUUUCUGUUGAAUGUACUAUGUAACUAACCCUACAUGCAAGUGCAAGGAACAUGCGUUGGAAACGAAAUAAAGAUUGUUAACGUACUUGGGUUCA